GAGGCCGAAUUUAUCCGCAGUUUCUUGGUCAGACUUGGACCAGCCAAAACAAAGCUGUCUGUCAUGAAACUACUAGAGCUAGCAACUAGGCAACUGUAAGCUCGCUGCUAUGAACAUAAGCAUGAUUAAGCAAGCCGUUUGAUGAGCCACUGAGCUUUUUCACAAUGAGAGAACGACAAGACAAGUCCGUUGCAUAGAUAUCUAGAUUCAAGACGGGGUCGCACGAGCCCUCGUGAAGACACGAUGGUCCGUUCAAUAAGGUGUCCGAUUGAAGAACGAUGUGCAAUGGAAGAGGUGCAGGAAGUGAGAAUAAGGCAGACGGAAUUUGGCCUGUGCCCGACUAGAGCGCUACAGAUCGAGAGAGCAAGAGCGUGAGCGAAAACGAAGGAAAGGCAGGCUGCUGCCUUGCGCGAGAGUAUGUACAUAUGCAUGUACAUAUGUAAGAAGGUGUGCGCAAGCAGUGGUUACAACGGGGAACAACAGUAACAGCCGACAAGCAGUUCAGCAGAGAAGAAGAGGAGCAGCAAAAGGAGUCGCAAAAAGACAAUCGCAGAGCCAGACGUAACUUUCAGCAGCAGCCGUGAUGAUAAAACUUGUACAAAUUAAAUAAUAUCAAAAAAACAAUCUACAAAAUAAUAACAGACUGUCUACAGACAGAUGGCAAAGUGUUACAGUAAGCAGUGCUAAAAUCGAACAAUAUCAGUCGAAAUUUACUUCACUGCUGCGCCACUGGUUAUCGUCUGCAGAUUAAACGAAAACUAGAUUUGAAUAAAACCCAGAGUCCUAUCUUGGAACUUCAUAAAUUUGCUUCAAAACCAAUGGACGGCACUCAGAGAACCAGCACUAGGCUAUUUUGCCUUAGCAGUUUGCUAUCUUUUAGUCUCGUCUCGGCAUUUUUCUUUUAUCUAAUGUCUGGCCGGACCUCAAAUGUUUCAGACAUCUCUGUGCUACGCGAUGAAGUGAAUCAGCUAUCGAAACUGGUGCGCGGCUCCCCCACAGCCGUUGGGGCUUUUGAGAGUUCCAAGGAUGCCCCUGGGCCACCUGGUAGUUCGCACUUUGUUCCAAAAGAACCUGGCGCCGAAGUGGCCAAAUGGACUUCCGAACUUGCACGUAAGGUUGACGUCCUCAUGGACGAUGUGAGACAGCUAAAGGAGAAUUGCUUUAAAAUGAUGUCAAUGCCAAUUCAGAAUUCAAUGCAACUUCCAAACGGAUUAAAAAGUACAAUUUUAAUGCAAAAUCCAAAUUUGGUCCAAAGUCCAAAUGGAAAUCAAAAUGGAAUCCACGACGCAACUGCAAUCAAACAACAAAAUUCAAGCCGAGAUCUAAAUUCAGUUAACAAUCAAAAUUUAAGCCACGAUCCAAAUUCCCACAAGGAUUCAAGCCAAUAUCCAAAUUCGAAUCAAGAUCCAAAUCCAAAAAAUUUCUAUAAGGAUCAAUAUUAUAAGCAAGAUGCAUAUUCAAACGAACAAUCAUAUUCAGACCAACAUCGAUAUUCAAAGCAAGAUUCAUAUGCAAACGAAGGUGCAUAUUCAAACCAAGAUCCAUAUGUAGACCAACAUCGAUAUAAAAACGAAGGUCCAUACUCAAACCAACACAAUUACCAUACCGAGAGUCUACCAGUGGGCUAUAAUCGUUUGAACUUCGCCUCAGACGAGCUGGGGGCCAGUAUUGUCUCGGUCGAGGCCAGCCCCAUUGGCCACAGCGGUAUAUUCAAGCGCCUUCUGGGCCUAGAAUUCAGUUCCAAUCCGCCGGUCAACAUGCUUCGACCGAGUCUGUCGCCCGGCGCCUGCUUUGGAUACCGUGGGGUUCGUGCCAUUGCGAUCAUCCAUCUGGCCAAGGAAAUCAUCGUUGACACGAUUACCCUGAGCCACCCGCCCAAGGAUAUGAUGCCCAAUCUGUGUGAAAACGCACCGAAAGAUUUCAAGGUUAUCGGCAUAAAACCGAACUACAACGAGAAAGAGCCGUUGGGCCAAUUUACCUACCAUAAUCACGCCAACAGACGCACUGAAAUCUACCGUAUAGACAACAAAAGUACUUUCCGUAGACUGGUCCUCGAAUUCUACUCGAAUCAUGGCGGACAGUUCACCUGCAUUUAUCGAGUGGAGGUCUAUGGAAGCUUGCCUGCCCCUGACCCACAGGGCAAUGAGCGCGGACGAGGCAAGGAUCACGGAAAAGGAGAUCUCCACGCAGAAGGAGACGACAAUGGGCAAGGAGGUGAUGUCAGCGGACAAUCAGAUUUGAGCGUACCAGAGGCUGUUCGUGGACCAGUAGAUAGCCGCGGAACAGAAGACAGCACCGGACCAUUAUACACCAGCACACCACGAGAUAGCAGCAGGCCAGAAGAUGUCAGUGGAGGCGAUCUCCGUCGAGGAGAUGAUGUCCGCGGACAAAAGGAAGUCUGCGGACGAGAUGGCGAAAUUUGCGACAAACCUGGCUGCAAACGAUGCGCCCCACGGGAUAGCAGCGGACCAGUAGAUAGCAGCGGACCAGAGACUGUUCGUGGACCAGUAGAUAGCAGCGGACCAGUGGGCAGCAGCGGACCAGUGGACAGCAGCGGACCCCGAUAUAGCAGCAGAUUAGGAGAUAGCAGCGCACCUGAUGAAAGCACCGGACCAUUAUACACCAGCACACCACGAGAUAGCAGCCGACCAGGAGAUAGCAGCGGACCAGAGUCUGUUCGUGGACCAAUAGAUAGCAGCGGUACAGUAGAUAGCAGCGGACCAGUAGACAGCAGCGGACCAGUAGACAGCAGCGGACCACGAGAUAGCAGCAGAUUAGGAGAUAGCAGCGCACCUGAUGAGAGCACCGGUCCAUUAUACACCAGCACACCACGAGAUAGCAGCAGGCCAGGAGAUAGCAGCGGACCAGAAGAUGUCAGUGGAGGCGAUGUCCGCGGACAAAACGAAGGCUGCGGACGAGAUGGCGGAAGUUGCAAAAACCCUGGCUGCAAAAACUGCCGCAGAGAACUUUAAUGUUUUUGUGAGUUCUCAUCUCCUCCUUCUCAUCGGUUUACCCUGACAAUUCUCUGACAGUACCAAUACACUCCUAAUGGCAUUUUCUGAUGCAGUAGGAGCCAGUGAGAGCCCUAUAUUGUUCAUAUAAACCAAAUUUAUUUGUCUCACGCUGAGUUAAUGCGCUGGCGUUCUUUGAGAUUGAAGUUUACAAGUUUUAAUUACGUUCUGGUUAUUAUUUAAAUUCAAAUAAAACGUUUCCUUGUUUGCGUUGGUUAGUAAUCGGGAAACAUGUU